AUGCCCAGUCGUCAGUAUUACCUCUAUGUUGAAGCUAAGGAAGCCUUGGAGCAGUUUCACACCAAAGCAAAGGAACUCGCCAAGCAGAACGCUACAAGAAAUGUACAGAUCUUUUUCCAGAAUGCAAAUAAAAAGGGGUUCGAUGAGAACAUCCAAGAAGUUGCAGAAAACGUACUUUCUAAAUAUCAAAAGUUGUUCACCAUACCACCUGAAAGCCCAACAUAUACGACACCCGUCGUUAUGGUAGACAGUCCUCCGAAGUUUUCAGUAUUGCAGGUCUUAGAGGAGAUAGAUGGUCCACGGCAAAUCCCGAAGGAUGAAUCCCAGAGGCAUACCACCAUAGAAAUCGGUGAAGACUCGAAAAAACCACAGUUGACGCCACUGAAUCGCGACAGAGUUAAACUCCAACGUCAGCACGGCCAAAACGGUGAUCCAGUUUGAAAGUCUCGGAAGUGGUACGUCUAGUGGAUUUGUAGACACUAUUUUCUCUAGAAAUUUCUACAUACAGUGGGUCGUGUAAUAAAGUCUAUUGGCCAUUUUCGGGUGUCGUGUCAGAAUGCACCAUGGAUUGUUUUGGGUACGCUAUCUCUUCUUUCAUUGGCUAUUACGUUGCCCAGAAAACUAGGUCAAAAGUCGUCCCCAAAACAGUUCCACAGUGCAGUUCGACACAAAACCGAUCAAGUCCUAAUCUCACCUCCAAAAUGGCCGAUGACUUGUAGACCCCGAUCAAGGAGAAAGAAAGGCGACUCUUGUUUCUUUGGUGAGAGAAGAAUAACGUGCCGUCAAAACUGGUUUAUAAUCUCAUGUUCCAGUUUUCAAGUCCAAAUUCAUUUGAAAACGAUGAAGGUAUAUAUACAUGUAACCAUAGCAAAUGAUUUCUUAUUAAAAGACGAAACCAUGCUUAGGACGAGGUUACCAGUAGCUCUCAAAACACUUGGCGAUGAUAGCUGAAAAAAUUCAGAAAUUUGUCUGAAAUUUUAUAAUAUGUGAAAUACGAAUUUCAUGAAGGUCUUCAUGGAAUUCCUCAAAUCUCAGCUCAGUUGUCAAUUAAAUUUGCGGCGAUUUCUCAAGCAUCAUGCAGUUAAAAUUUCAGCCCAUUUUUCAACUUUCAAUAGCAGUUAUUUUUUUGGAUCCCAGAUCUCCAUCAGUUUAAUACUUUGAAUUUCUUGCUUGAAAGCUUAAAAUUUUAGUCAAUUCUUAGCUAUAGCUGUCAGUGAAACCCUAUCAAGAGCCUCCUACACGUUCGUGUUUUAAUUAACUACUGUAGACCAGACACGAUAUACUGACAAGAAACCAAAUGAGGAAUGGAAAAUGUAAAAACAUGAAAUUACUUAAUAUGUAGUUAGAAACUUAUUAUAUGUAUUAUAUGGCAUAUAUGAUAAACGAAAUGCACAAGUGACAUAUUAAUCUAUUUGACAUAUUCUCUUCGUGAUCCUUGGAGGAAUCAAUUAGGGCCAGAUUUUUUAAAGACGCAUUGCGGAUGUUGUUCCAAUAUGUGACGAAACUUAACGAAGUUUAUUGCACCAUUAGUCCAGUCAUUUUGUGGCUGGACCUGCCACUAAUUGCAACAGAACCUUUCUCUUCGCCAAUCAUUUAGGAAUGGUCUCUAGAUUAACAUACUAAAAGUCCCAAAGGAUCCAAGCACGGGAACAUGUCAAAAUUUAAAUGGCUAAUAACUAACGCUUUGCUGCGACAUGGAAACGAGGCUAAGAACCGGAAGUUGCUUUUAUUCUACUUGUUUAUCGCCAGAACUGCACCCGAUUCUUCCAAAUUUGAUUAAUAGUACUCCAGGUAGUUCUGUGAACUUUCAUCUUGUAGAUAUCUUCACUAAAUCAUGUAUAAGUCAAAUAAUUUCAUUAACAUUUCUUACUCAAAGACAUACAGAAUUUCAUUUUUGUCCCUCAGAGAGGUUGGUACUAAAGAAAGGCUAUGACACUUCGUUAUCGCUUAACAAUACGCAGUUACUAAAACCGACUCGUUUUCAAACAUACAGAUAAGGGAGAUAUGUUUUCAAAAAUACAAUAUACUCCCGCAGUACUGUCUUAUAAAGUUUCACAAGGUACUCAGAUUAUUUUAUGACUUUCGUGCUUUCUUUUCCACGUUACACGUUUACUCAUCUUGGCUGUCAUCUUCGUCAAACUGGAUUGGACAAUUUGUACACGCCGUACCUCUGCAUUGGCCACAUGCAGGUGAACACUCUAGACCAUGUUUACGGCAGGUGCAUCUUGCGCUGGCGCAAUCUGACGAGCAGUUACACUUUAUCAUCUGCAGAAGCGACUCCAGUGCGGCUGGUGGGUCAGUCAUCCGAGGGAGUACCUGGCCUUCCGUCACCUUCCAUCCGUAGUCCUCCAAUGACAUGCCUUCGUUUUCGCCUUUCCAUUACUUCACUUGCAGGUACACUCUUAGGCUAUGAUGCCUGGCAUGGCUGCUGGUGACGUCGGAAGAAGAUUCUGAGGCUGUAUUUGAGAACUAGUGGUCGCCAGUUUCUCACAGUAGCGUU